AAAAGAAAAAGUUGAAAUGAUUCAAAUCAGUUCAAGUCGUGACUUCUUCUCUCACGCUGACAUUUGAAUUUUAACUUGACACCCACACAGCCCAACACUGACCUUGAGUCUGAAGUUUGAAAAUGGUCUUGUUCUUUACUUUUUCUCUUGACUCUGGACUCUGGACUCUUCAUCCGUAUCAUAUAUCCCUCGCAAACUUAUAAUCACACUCUUUUUCAUCGUGUUUCAAUUUUCAUCAUCAUUCCCGACGGGCACCAUCAACUGAGGUCUCAAUCACAUAUCAAAAUGAACGGGAGACGAACAAUAAUCUUGCUGAGCCUCUUUGGGUGGGCCACCAUUGUCAUAGGAUCCAGUUCCAGAUACGAAGCGGUAUCACAUUCAUUACACGCUCGAUCAAUUGAAGAAGCUUUAAAAACUUUUCCAAAGCGAGACAAGAUCACAGAGAAUUUACAAUACUCACGUCCUUUACCACCCUUAGCACCAUUUUGGUCACAAACGCCACCACCGGUUGAAACUGUAGCUAUCAUCUCAAAGGAAUACGAAGCAUUCAUACCAGAGUUAUGUGCUUCUCGUGAAGCUAUUUCGAAAGAUAUCAAACUUGAUGAUGCUGUGAAAAGUUUAUCGGAUGUUGAAAAUAAGUUUUCUAAUGUUGUUAAUAAAUUCGGACCUACUUGUGAUGGACCUGAUAAACCUACUCGUGAUGAAUUGAUAAAGUUACAGAAAAUUUAUAUCAAAAUCUUUUCUGAACUUGAACAAAUCUUAGAUUUGUUUGAAGAAAAAUGGCCUGGAGAAUUUGUUGAUAAAAUCUCAAGUGUUUCUACAGGAUUUAGUAAUUCAUUUCAAGUUCUAGUUAGUAUGGGUUUAAAUUUGAAAUUGGAUGUGAAUUGUAUUUUGGAUUUCCUUCAUAUCAAAGCUUUCACAACAGCAAAUAUUGAUAUUUUAGGAAUCAUUUUAUUGAGUCGAAAAGUUAAUUCGAAACUUCAUCAAGGUCAACCAUUGAGGUUUUGAAAUACAUAUGACUUGAAUUGGAUUAUUUUAUUAACUGUCUCUUAUCAGAUACUUGAUCUUGAAUUAAGUCUUUGUAUUUAUGCUUGAAGGAUUUUUUUGGAUUCGCAAUUGAAGUCUUUUAAUCGAUUUUUAUCAAGU